CACAAACAGGGCAAGGUGGGCCCCGACGGCAAGGAACUGAUCCCGCAGGAGUCUCCCCGAGUGAGCGGAUUUGGAUUUGUUGCCACCCCUUCUCCUGCCCCUGGUGUGAACGAGUCCCCAUUGAUGACCUGGGGGGAGGUUGAGAACACACCCUUGAGAGUCGAAGGGUCAGAGACGCCGUACGUGGACAGGACACCAGGUCCAGCCUUCAAGAUCUUGGAGCCGGGCCGCAGGGAGCGGCUGGGGCUGAAGAUGGCCAACGAAGCUGCCGCCAAGAACCGAGCCAAGAAGCAGGAGGCCUUGCGGAGGGUGACAGAGAACCUGGCCAGCCUUACCCCCAAAGGCCUGAGCCCAGCCAUGUCCCCAGCCCUGCAGCGCCUUGUGAGUAGGACGGCCAGCAAGUACACAGACCGGGCCCUGCGAGCCAGCUACACACCAUCUCCAGCACGCCUGACCCACCUCAAGACCCCAGCCAGUGGGCCACAGACCCCCACAAGCACGCCAGCCCCUGGCUCUGCCACACGCACGCCCCUCACACAGGACCCAGCCUCUAUCACGGACAACCUGCUGCAGCUCCCUGCCCGGCGCAAAGCUUCAGACUUCUUUUAGAACCAGGCCUGGGCUGGGCCCGUGGACACCUUGUGGAGCCUGCAGGGCAGUUGUACACCCAGCAGAGGACUCUUGCCUUCUGGGGACCCAGGCCUGGGCCAAAAGCAGUUGACCAUCCAGGAGCCACAGGAGAAAGACACAUAUACCCAUUCCCCUUGGUGUGACGCACCCAGGCUGUGCCCCAAGGCCUUGCUGAAACUUUUCUAUUUAAGCCCCACCUAAAGUGUCAUUAAAGGACACCUGGUACAGUA